UGGUUUAGAAUAAAAAAAAGAAACAAACGAAAAACAUUUAAAAUUUCUGAAAAUAUUUAAUUUUCACAGUGAAAAGUGAGGAAGUUUUGAAAAAAGGAAUCUACUUUUUUAAAAAGUAGUUUAAGCAAAAUAAAAAUAAACUGAAAGAAAAAUGUUUGCAAAAGGUACACCUGCAAAACAUGUUCUACUUUUUGCCGUUCUAGCCCUAACCCUCUCGCAGGUCACCAGUGACUGGUUAACAUGCUAUUCUCAACCAAAUGGCGUGGUGCUGCCCGUUGAUGCCGAUUGUCAUGUUUAUAUAUAUUGUCUAGAUCAAACACCUUUCACUAUACCUUGUCCCUAUGAUAUGGGUUUUAGUAAAUCAGCCGGUGGUUGUGUAGAUUAUAAACAAUCCGAUUGCGUAGCCGAUAGCACAGUACCAUCUGUUCGUUAUCAUCAAAAUCGUAACAACUGUGACAACGAACAAAGACCAGCAAACAAACAGGCUUGUGUUGGACAACCUUUUGGAGAGUUGGUACCCUAUCCGGGAGAUUGUUCAAAAUUUCUGGUGUGUAAUUGCGAAUAUCCAACGGUAAAGCAGUGUGGUCCAGGUACUUGGUUCGAUAAUAUUCUUAAAGUCUGUAAUUACCCACAUGCUGUGCAUUGUGAGGAUGGCAAUGGAGGAACCACAACCAGUAAACCAACAACUGAAGCCGAAACCUCAACUGAGUCUGGGGUUUGGGGUAAAGAUUGUGAAACACCAGCCGGCAUGUCGAAUGAUAUUUGUUUAAAUUACUCGAAUGGCGUUUUACUGCGUUAUCCUUAUAAUUGUAAUGCUUAUAUUAAUUGCACUAUGGGAUGUCCGGUCAUGAAUUAUUGUCAACCAGACAAGGUUUUCAAUAACUUUUUGAAAAUUUGCGAUACACCAGAUACAGCUCAAUGUGUAGAGUUGCCAAUGCCCACCACAACAACAGAGAAAACUACCACCGAAGUAACUACAAAAACUCCUGAAGUUACUACAACAACUCCGGAAGUAACUUCAACAACUCCUGAAGUAACAACGACUACAACUGAGUCCGGAGAGUGGGGUCAAGAUUGUCAAGCACCUAACGGUAUGUCAGCCGAUAUUUGUUUAAAAUAUUCCGAUGGCAUUCUCUUGCGUUAUCCUUAUGAUUGUAAUGCUUAUAUUAAUUGUACACACGGAUGUCCGGUCAUGAAUUAUUGCCAGCCCGAUAAGGUUUUUAAUGAUUUUCUCAAGAUUUGUGAUACACCAGAUACAGCUCAUUGCAUAGAAUUACCUCUAACGACUAUGGCAACUACAACAACAGAGGAAACUACUACCACUAGUCCAGUGCAAACUACAACCGAGCUAACUACUACCACUAAACCUUACGAAUGUAUACCUCCCUUAAUGGUUGAAGAAGAUAUUUGCUCUAGUCUCGGAUACUCGGAAGAGUAUCAGAGCUAUCCUUACAACUGUUCGGCCUAUGUGAUUUGUCAGGGCGAUAAACCAUGUCUGGAAUAUUGUGAAAAUGGUAAAAUUUUCAAUCCCCUAUUGGGAAUCUGUGAUGAAGAUGUAGAAUGUGAGGAAUUGCCUUUACCCACAACAACUACUACUGCCACACCCAUAACUACUACGCUACCGCCUGAUGUAAAUCCUGACUUGUGCCAGGGCAAAGAAGACUAUACUAUUUAUCCUUAUGCUGGAGACUGUAGCCAAUAUUUACAGUGUCUGAAGGGUGAAGUCAAGCUGGAGACCUGUCCCAAUGGUUGGCUAUUCAACUCGCAAUUAAUGCUUUGUGAUAAAGCCUCAGAAGAGGUAUGUUAUGCGGGACCUACAACAGUAACAACAACUGAGACACCUAGCACCACACCUUCAGACAUUUAUGAACCAUGUGUGGGCCAACCGCUGGGCACUACUUUCCCCUAUAAGGAAAAUUGUGCUCUCUAUUACUUUUGCCGUAAGAAUGGUCUUUAUUAUAUCAUAUCCUGUCCUAAUAAUAACUACUAUGACCCGCAAACGGGUGAUUGUGGUCCUGAUGUUUCGAGCACAGCUUGCUUGGCAGAGGCGACCACUACAGCAGCUCCCACUACUGUUAGCACUACAUUAAGUCCCUCACAGAAGUGUAGAAAUCAAGCGGCCGGUAUUACAUAUCCUUAUGAGGAAGAUUGUACUAAAUAUAUAUACUGUAAAGGCAAUGGUGGUUAUGUGAUCUUAAAUUGUCCCUAUAACAACUAUUACUAUCCGGAUUCAGGAGACUGUGGUCCCAGCGAUGAUGUCAACAUAUGUCGUAAAUCAAGUCAAACCACUACAGCAGCCACCACCACGGAAAUUACUUCGACCGUGGCGCCAACAACACCUAAACCGGUUUUAGGCAUUUGCGGUAAUUAUAGUAAUGGUGAACUUAUACCCUACCCCGAUAAUUGUCAGAAAUAUAUCAGCUGUGUUAAGCCCAUACCGGUAGGGUUUUAUUGUAAUAACUAUUGGUAUUUCAAUGAGCAGCAACAGAAAUGUGUACCAGAUUCUGAAGGUACUUGCACUGAAUUACCUUCUAAUGUAACUACAACACCCGCUACUCCCGGCGAUAUUUGUGAGGGUCUUAAAGAGGGAGAUUGGCAAAUUUAUCCCUCGAACUGUCAAUUCUAUUAUGAAUGUCUAGGCGAUGGUUAUUACAUGUUAAAGAUAUGUGAAGAAAAUGAAUAUUUUGAUCCACUAAAAGGACAGUGCAGUGCCCAAGUGGGGUCCAACUAUUGUAAACAAGAUUUUAAUACUACCACACCUAAACCAAAACCCCAAGGUAUCUGUUCGGGUCAAGAUGAGGGAGCUAAAGUGGCCUAUCCUCAUAAUUGUACAAAAUAUAUUGUUUGUAACAAACCCAUACCGGUGGGUUUCAAUUGUGACUCGGGCUUAGAGUUUAGUACAGAAGCACAGAGCUGCGUAACGCCUUCGCAAUCUGAUUGUGGUCUUAGUAUUAGCACACCUACUACUACUACUACGCCAGCCACUACUAAACCUUACAAUGAAUGUACCAAUAAACCAGAUUUUACUCUUCUACCCGUUGAGGCAGACUGUGGCAUGUUUAUAAUCUGUAAGGAAGAUAUAGAGCACUGGGCCUUCUGUAAUGAGGGUGAAUAUUUUGAUUUAUCGGCUGGUAAAUGUUUAAAAUCUGCCAAUGAAGAUUCUUGCCGUCCUGCCACUACUACUGAACCCACCACCACUACCACGCUAGAUCCUAAUUUAGGACCCUGCUACAAUAAACCCGACGGUUCGAAAAUACCCUAUCCCCAUAAUUGUACGAAAUAUAUAAUAUGUCAGGAACCUUUAAAUGUGGGCUAUGAUUGUCCGGAGGGUUUGGAAUUUUCGGUGCAUUACGAAGAAUGUGUUUUACCCGAAUUGGCAGAUUGUAGUAUAAAAACUACAACACCUACACCCACCACCACCACCACCGAGAAAACUACCACACCAGCCGCAACAGAAAGCUGUGAAAAUAAACCUAACGGCGCCACAUUGCCCUAUCCCGAAGAUUGUUCUAAAUACUAUAUGUGCUUAAAUGGUGGAAAGAAAUUAGUCAAUUGUAUGCCGAAUAGUUACUAUGAUCCCGCUACAGGAGAAUGUGGUAAUGAUAUAUCACCUAUAGCUUGUCAGGGGACGAUAAAUACUACGCCCCAGAGUCCCGAAGGUGUCUGCAGUGAUGAAUCUAAUGGCUUUACCUAUGCCAAUAAACAAAAUUGUUCUCUCUACUAUAUGUGUUUGGACCAAUCGGAAGUAAUGUGUUUAUGUCAAAAUAAUAGCUACUACAAUCCCUAUAAUGGAGAAUGUGAUAGUGAAGCCUCAGAUACGGAAUGUAAAGAUCCCCUAACUACAAUCACCACAGAGCCAGCGACAACAGAAGUUAGCACUACUUCAACAGAACCCUCAGGCGAUAAUAUAUGUUGCGGUCAAAAGGCCGGUACUUAUUUACCUUAUCCGGGUGAUAAAACUCAAUAUGUUAUAUGCCAAUAUCCUCUGCCAAUAGUCAACACCUGUCCCGAGGGCAGUUUAUUCGAUGAGCAGACCUUGAGCUGUAAAUAUUCUAAGGCAUUUGCCAUUACAAAACCAAAUUGCGAUGAGUCCAACUUUGGUCGUAGCAUGGUCUAUGAAGGUGAAUGUACGAAAUAUUAUUUCUGUUUUGGUUCAGAGGCCAUAAUAAUGGAUUGCAGUUUCGAUUGGUAUUAUGAUCCAGCAAUGAAUCAGUGUGUACCUCAGGAACAAUAUAAAUGUCCCUGGCAAAGAUUUACGCAGACAUCAAUAUUUUUGGUUCUUUUGAUUUGCUGUUAUAACGCAAGAUUUGGUAACUCUCAGACAUCACCUAGUCCCAACCUAUUAACCGAUGUGGAAUUAAAAGAGCUUUGUCAAGGAAUUGAAUUUCAAUAUAUAGCCCAUCCUAGCAAUCAACAAAGUUAUAUAAUAUGUAUACCAGGCGGUGGGAUCGAAAAGCAGUGUGACCCCAGUAAUUGUUUUGAUGAACGCAAGCCACCCUGUUCCACCACCUGUAGUGCCAAUACAAAUGUACCCGAUCAAAAAACCAAAGAUUAUUGCAAUGAUGAUGAUACACCUCUAUUGGAUCGUGUGGCUAAUGAUAAAGAUUGUGAUUCCUAUUUCAUUUGUGUGGGUAAAAAUGUAGAUCCUCUGGCACAAAAAUGUCCAACGAAUCAACAUUUUUCCGAAAAACACAAAACUUGUAUGAGCUAUCAUGAAGCCAAUUGUGCUGCCAAUUCGAAAUGGUGUAAAAAUCGUCGAGAUAAUACACGAUUUCCCAAGGACACUUGCUACGAAUACUAUGAGUGUCAAGCGGAGAUUACGUUAACAAAAACAUGCUCCUACGGUGAACAUUUCGAUAAGGAUUUGGGUCAAUGUAGUUGGAUAAGAUUUAUAAUUGCAGUUAUUUUUCAACACUUCUUGCAACUACAAUUUGCACAGUUAAUGAAAAUGUUUUCUUUUCGGAAAGUUUUACUAAGUUUAAUUUUAAUUAAUGGCAGUUUGGGUCUGGAAUAUGGGGCCUCCCCUAUUCCACAUACGGAUUGUCCCCUUAUUGAUGAUGUCAAUCACGCUGUAAUGCUGCCUUACCCUCAGGAUUGUUCGAAAUACUACAGCUGUUCGAAUGGUAAUGCCUAUUUGCAGCAAUGUCCCAAUAACUUACACUGGAGUCCUUUAACCUAUCGUUGUGAUUAUCCUGAGAUAGCCAAAUGUGAAGUGGGAAUUUUAAACUCCCCUCCAACAACAGCAGCCAUAGUUCCGCCUUAUUUAACCGCCUCCCCAACAGGCGAGAUCAUAUAUCAGCUAUUACUCAGUGAUUGCAGCAAAUACUAUAAAUGUCAGGCCAUGAUCUGUCCCACAAACUAUCAUUGGAAUGCUUUAACUCAGGCAUGUGAUUUUCCCCACAAUGCUCAUUGCCCCUUCCUGAUGGGAAUAUUAACAGCUGUGGAGGGCUUAACCGUAAACUCAAACCUGCAACAGCCCUUAACUCUUCCCUUUACAACCAAUUCUAGUGAAAUGUUUGCUCAAGUUUAUCCUAACGAUUGCUCUAAAUACUAUCAAUGUCAGUCUAUGCUCUGUCCAGCCAAUUAUCAUUGGAAUUAUCGCUCACAACAAUGCGAUUUACCUCAAUUGGCUCAGUGUCCCUGGCAGACUCAAUUAUCGUCCGUAACGCCAACUAACACUGUUGCUGUGCCGACUGCUUUUACUGCCCCUCCUACUCCCGCCACUAUGGGACCACCCAUUGUGGUCACUGAAAAUCCCCUGCUAGACUGCCCAGAAUGUCAACAUUUAUGUGAUGGUUAUCUUCAUCAAUAUUUGCCACAUCCUCACGAUUGUCAUAAAUUUAUACAGUGCAAUGGUUGGAGUUAUAUACACACCUGUCCAGAUAAUCUAUUUUGGAAUGCUGUCUUAAAUACUUGUGAUCGUGUUUGUGUUACAAAUUAAGAUUUAUUUUGGUCAAAAAUCUAAAAAAUAUCGGACCAUUUUAAAUAUUCGAUUUUAAAUGUAGAUUUUAUUCAUUUGGCCUUGAAAUAUAUCAGUUCUAUAAAAUUC